AUGGGUUGGAUUUAUUCCGGAAGAUUCAAGUUCUUCAUAUCAGCACUUCUAAUCAGCGCCUGCGCAACAGCUGAUCAAAAAUGCAGAGGAGUUUACUUCAGCAACCGAUAUUACGACAUAGAUAUAUUAAAAGAUGGCCUUAAUAAAAUCCAUCAAAUAACACUUAAUAGAAAUGACAAUACUUUAUACUUCACCUUCGAUCAGAUCGCUAGGGUUCCUACAAGAGUACUAGGUUACCUAGACAUAAGUACUAGGACCUCAGGACUCGUAGAAGGCAUUAGAAACGCCACGUGCAUAGCCAUCGAUCAAGCGUAUAACAAGGUAUACGUGGGCGGGUCUGAAGGUAUUUUCAGAAUAAACAGUUACAAAGUACCGGAAAGAAUUCCCGUACAGGAUAAUAUUCAAAGUAUGUACUUCAAGGACGUGUUAUUCUACACUAACAGCAGAAACGAAGCGUAUAUGUACGAUAGUGGUCAUAUAAAUCCAGUUUUUGAGCUGCAAGGUGUUGCUGCUGAAAAAAUAAUAUUAGACGAUGACCAUAAUAUAUUUUUCACACAAGGUAAGACCUUGUUUCGUGUUAAGAUUGGGACGAGAGUUGUAAAUUCCCAUGAAAGGUACAGAACGAAUAUCUUAACAACGGACUUUGAUGAUAAGCCUUAUAUAUCAACGAAUGAUGGUGUAUAUGUGUAUAAUAAAUAUAAGUAUGUAUUUGAUAAGGUGUCGGAUAUAACAGGUUUGAAAGCUUUAACUUUCAAUAAGGCUGGUGAACCAAUAUAUUCUGUCGUAGAUUUGAUCGUACAUUUAAAAUAUAACCCCGUUCGAUGUAUAGAGUCAGUCAUUUAUAACAGAAAUUAAAUUAGUCAUCGUUUUUAAAGCAAAAAUAAAUGUUUUAUUGAUACCUUA